GAAAUGAGGACGAGACAUAGCUACCUCACGGGGCUCCUUCCAGAGCAGAGACGCGCUUCCCUGGGGCUGGGCGAGGCCGCCGUGGAGGGGCUGGGGGCAGCCUGUCCUGGGGCCCCGGGGGCGGGCGCAGAACCGCACAGCUGGGACCCCAGGCGUGGGACGUGGAUGGCGCGGAGAGAAGGAUGGGAGGAGAACUGUGAAUUCUCAGGCCCGCGUCCUGGGCGGGGCGCCGAGCACCGACCAAACCGACACCCCACAUACAGCAGACGAAAUCCUCCCUUUCUCCCCGGCCCCAUCCGUCUAGCAUUCCCACCGACCGCCGGGCUCUCACAGCCUGGGCUACAUCUGAAGGGGCCUGGCAGCAUUUGGGGAGCGGACAGCCGCCUGUCUAGCCAGUCUCUGUCUCCACUGCCACCUGCUGAGUGGGUCCUCCUGGGUGGAGUCUUGGGGUGGGGUGGAGGGAUUCACCUGUGGAGAGGGGAGAGGAGGCCCCUGCUGCUGCCUGCCUCUGCCCCUGCCCAGUGUGGGGCUGGUCCAGGAUUCUCGCCCAUCCGGAGAGCAGUGGGCUCAGGGACACCCCUGAGAAGCCCAAACCGGGUGGUCACCGCCUCAUGCUGGAGCUGCCUGUUGGAGGAGGCAUCGCAAAGGCAAAACCUCCCAGAGAGUUUCCUUUUGGAAACUUGGAAACAGCCCCUUUUAUGACAUUUUCCAGGGUAGGGGGAAGGGGCACCGGCUGGGUUUACCGCAGUGACACUAUUUAUGUAAUGACAUCAGCUCCCGCAAGGCCCCUCAGCAAUGUCAACAGCUGGAAAGGGCCUGAACCAGCAUGGAGUCUGCAGGUUUCGAAGGCACUUGGGCCUGGCUUGGGGCAGGGGGCUUGCUUGAGCUGGGACGGGGUUUGCUGGUUCAGCAAAGUACCAGAGUGCCUGAGCCAUGGGUGGGCAGGGGUGCAGAAAUGACCAGGCCAUGCUGGCUUCCCCAAGAAAAGGCACAGAGGCUGCUGGGCCUCCCCCCUGCAGCUGUCUUGGUCUGGCCUGGGCCACACCUUGCCUGUGCCUUUCCAGACAGUCUCUGUGGCAUCUGCCCGUGCCCUCCACUGUGCCCCAGCCCUCCUUCGAAGAUCUCCUAGAGACGCUGUCCUCAAGCAGGCAGCCCCUUUUGUUCUGACUGCCUCACACAGGGUCCAUUCCUGCGCCCAGGGGCCUUCUGGCUCCCCGCCUUCCUGGGCUCUCUGCACGGCCUGGGCCUCUGGCCCAUGUCCUCACACCUGGCGCACUGAAUUAGAGACCUGGCGUCCCUCACAGUCAGGAAAUUAGUUUCACUUUCCUGGCCAGAGUUUGGCUGCUCAGAAGGGUCAUACCAAGUAUGACGCUUGGCCCGGAGGUAGUCUGGCUUCCCUCUGCCUUCCCCACUGCUGCCUGCAUCAUGGCUGCCAUUUAUUGAGCACCUGCUGUGUGCCAGGCACUUUACCCACAUGCUCCCAGCUUGUGCUCAUGACAACCCUGUGGGACAGGGACCCGCUAUCACCAGCAAGGAAACUGGAGUACGCGUGCCCAAGGUCAUGCCUCAAAUUGGUGGCAGGACUGGGGCCCAGACUCCAGAGCCCGACUUUAUGAUCACAGGCCAUGCUGGCCCUCCCUGCAGUCCUGCUCUGCAGCCCGCCCACUCAAUCCCUGUGCAGGCUGUGAGGGUGCUCUUGGGGGAGUGGCCACUGAGCCGCUGGCCCUGGUUAUUGCCUCUUGAGGACACUGGCAUUUGGCCUGGAGAACAGGAGCCCGGCGGGGGGCAGGACAUGGGCACAAACAAUCACAUCUUCAGAAGAGGCAGCAAAGUGGUGGGGACACAGGGACGGACUCGCCAGACAGCAGCUCCGGGUUCCAGGAAGGCAGGCCUUGGCUUCUCCGAAGAGGUGGUAGAGGGUGGUUCGGCUGCCUGGGGGUGGUUGGAGAGACUCCAGGAGAGACUGGCAGAGGUGCCUCAUGGGCAGGGGGCAGACAGACCUGCCCUGAGAAGGGGAUUUGGCUUCCCUGAAUCCAGCCCAAGGCUAGAAGACAGGGCCCUUCUCCAAGCUGUCAGCGCCCCUCGGAUGCCCAGUGUGGCCCGCUGGGUGCCAUCAGCAUCACAAGGCACUAUGCCGCUGGGGCAGUUGCCCUGUUUCUGUCUAUGCCAGUGUGGUUUCUUCACCCUGCCCAGAAGGGCUGUGGCAGCUCCACGACAUCCCACCCUGGGUCUGGGUGUCACUGGUGUCCUGUGAGGGGCUUGCACUUGUGGUCUCUGAGGUCCCCUUAACAACAGAGCCAGCGUCACACCAAGCAACAAGGCAUCUUGCAGAAAAUUCAGCCACUCUCCUGCCCCUCCCUCUGGUUCAGCACCCCAAGGGCACAGGCUGCCCACCCAGUGGCCUGGCCCUUGGGGAAUUCAUCAGGGUGACCAGAUCCGCCAGGUCACUGUUGAGAUUGCAUGGUCAUCACGGGCUGCCUUCCCUACCCACACACCCAGCCAGAACGCAGCCCAUCACUCCCGACUGCAGCCCCACCUCCACCCGGCCUCUGCAGUGAGCACCAUACUUGGGAAAGCACCCCUCCUGCACUCCUGUGCCCCACUCCAGGGAGCAGAGGGAAAUGGGAAUUGAGGUGUUCCGGUUUGUACAGUUAGGAAGGGAUGUAAAACGGAACUAGAUUUUGAUUUUGAAGAGUGUAUUAACCAGAAUCGUGCUAUGUAGGUGUUUGAAGAAAAACAUACCAGAUUAGUCUUUGUUUUUGCAACAGAUUCCCCAGUUGUCCUCUUUCUUGCCAGCUGGGUGGUUCGGUGCCCCGGAUAGCUGGGUGCCUGCUUUAUGGACGCGCAGUAAUGCCCAAGAUUUGCGGGGUGUGGGGGAGGACAUAGGGCUACCCCCGGGACUCACUGCAGGCUGUGGUCUGCCCACUGCUUCCAUCCAUGGAAAGCAGGGCAGGAGGCAGCAUCCCCAGAGGCAUCUAUGUGGGAGGGAGGGAGGGACACCUGGGUCACAGCCCAGGGAGGCUGGGAGCUGCUCCAAGGCCCUUAGUGACUUCCUGGAACUCUGCCUCAGUGGCGGCACACUGGAGAGGGUGCACCCCAGGUUGGAAUGAGACUGAACUCAAGAAGAGACCCUAAGGGACUGGUGAAUGGUUCCUGCCCCCAGGAAAGCGAAAGACGCUUACGCUGUCAACACUUAAAGGAAGCCCCCUUGAAGCCCAGAGAGCGGCCAGACUAGACUCAUUGAUGGGCCAUUGGGCCACGCUCCAUGGACAAGACAUCCCUGUGGGCCACAGCCACGGCACACUGGGGGGAUCAAAAUGUGUACUUGUGGGGCCUCACCCCUGCCAAAAGCCAAGUCAGUCCCACUCCUGCCAUUGGACGUUUCUUCCCCUUCCCUGCUCCCAAAUGCACUCCCCUCCUCCCUCGGCCCCCUCCUGUGUUUUGGAUUUCUGUUCACUCAGACUUGUAAAUGUUUAGUUGUGACCAUGACGUAUUGUUUGGGUCAAUGUCCCUUUCCAAUGCAUACUAAUAUAUUAUGGUUAUUAUAUAUGAAUAUAUUUAAUGACAUGGAAAAAGUUGUGGAUUUUCUUUAAGUUUCUUUCCUUUUUUGGGGGGGUGGUUAGAGUUGUAAUGGACCCAGAUGGAACUUGUAACGUGGGCCCCACAUGAUAGAACUAAAUUCAGAUAUCAUUAAAUAAACUCUUGUACACUG